UCAAUUUCCUAGAAUAUAUAUAUUAACUAGUAGUAUAUGUUAUGUGGUGUGGCUGUACUACCAAAAUAUGCAAGCCCUCCAUUUGGUUUUCUAUUUGUAGCUCUGUUUCUUCAAGUAAGUACUAAUUUUUUUUCCCCUUGCAUUAUUCAAAGCAAUUAUAAAUGACGUAAAAUUCAAUGCAUCUAUAUAUCAAUAGUAGUACUACUAAUAGUAAUAAAAGCUAGAGAGUGGUCUUCUUGCCAGCGCUUCUCACUCAGUCUCUCUGCUUCUGCUUUCCUACCUGAAUUUGGGACUCUUUUGAGUACAUUCUGGUUAGCCUGUGUUUCUUUCUGUGCGAACUCCUGGCGGACGCCGAAUAACAAUGGCAGAAGAAGAGGAGCAAAAGUGGGAGCAAGAAGAGGAGUUGGAACGAGUAGAAGAAUUGUCGUCAUUAAAAUUAAGGCGGUCAUCUACUGCUCGCACUACCUCUACUGGUGCUUCUCAAGAUACUAGUGCUACUGCUUCCACUGCCACUUGUACUUCUACUACUAGUCAGUUGGACGGAAAUGGGAAUUGUAAGACCAACGGGCGUAUAAUUGAGCCGCCCUCCAACUCCGUCACUGAAAAUGAAGUUGAUCUAGAUGGGUCAGUUCUUGAUCGAGAUAAACGAGAGGGGCCGGACAAGAUUGCUGCUUUAUUUGAUAGUGUGUUUCACAACCAUACCCGAAUCACAGAUGCUCACUCCAGGUCGGAACCUUGUGUUUACUAUGACAAAGAUGGAGGGUCGCGAGCCAAUUCCACAUUUUGUGGAGAUGACCAUGUUGAGGGAAACACUGGUGUUAGAAUAUAUGAGACCAGAGAAGGGAAUUCUGGUGCUCAGAAGAGCUGUGAUUCUGUAAUUGACUGUAGAGUGGAGGGAAACAAGAAGGAUAGUUCUAACUUGACAAGUCUUCAGCAUUCCCCAGUUCUUUAUGAUGAAUGCAGUGAAACUUACAAGUCCCAGGAAAUCCAAGAAAUUGAAAACGAUGAUAUUGACCUCAUUAAUGGAAGUGGUCUGGACGUUACAGAAUUAGAUGUUGAGAGAGUACUUGAAAAACAAAAUACACAUGAUUUGUACUGUCCAAACUGUAAUUCCUGUAUUACUCGAAGGGUUAUUCUUCGCAAAAGAAAACGCCAAGCUCGCAUCACUAGUGAAGAUGUUAGACGUAAGAAACUAGAAACUGAAGUUGAAUCCAGUUUGACUCACUGUUCUCGACAGGGCCAACAAGCAACCAGCAUUGAGGUUCAUACUACUGAAGAAAAUCCAUUGGAUGAUACUUCUCAAGCUGCAGAGAAGUAUGAACGUGAGAGAGAGACUGAUGUCUUCAGAUGCUUAUCAUGCUUCAGCUUUUUCAUUCCAACAGGAAAUGGGUUUAAAUUGUUUAAGAUAUUUGGAGAUAAAGCUGAAAAGAAGCCUGUUAAAGAUGAGCAGAAAUUGACGAGUAAAAGCGGGAUAUCCUCUACUUUUGCAUCAGAUAGGGAGAGAACUUCAGAGCCAGGCAAUGUUUCUAGGUCAGAGGCUUUGACAACAAACAGUAGCACAUCUCUUUUGGCAUCGCAUGGGAAUGGUCAGGAUGGUCAAUCCUUCUCAAUGCUAAAAGAUCUCUCAACCAACCAUGGGAAAAGCAUUUAUAGGAGCCCAGUUGCUGAAUCUGAGGAAGAUGGAGAUAAGAUUUCACCCUCUUCAAAAGAAGAAAUCUUGAUCAACGGAAAAGAGGUGCUGAAUGCAGGAGACAACUGUAACAAUACAAUUAAGAACAGAGGAGAUGCUGCAAAGGGCCACUUUGAAUCAGCAACCGGCAGUCAGCCAAACACAUUAAACAAUUCCGUAAACAGUGUAGCAUAUCAUCAAAGUGACUCAUCGAGGGGCCACUUUGAAGCAGCAACCGGCAGUCAGCCAAACACAUCAAACAAUUCCAUACACAGUGUAGCAUAUCAUCAAAGUGACUCAUCUAAGGCACCUAUCGACAAUGUACCUGUUACUAAUGGAGAAUCUCUAAUUAUUGAAAGUGAGCAAAACUCAUCAAACAUUUCAGUAAAUGUUGCAGCAUAUCAUCAAGGUGAUCUGUUUAAGGUACCCACUGACAAAAUUCCAGUUAUGAAUGGGGUGUUAUCUCCAGAAGGUCCUGUACCAGGAAAUCAACCAGAUGGACUAAAGCUUCUGAUUUCUUCACCUGGCGGUUCACCUGCUUCCGAGAAAUCACGUGUAGGCCAAAAUCCUGACUUGUCAACACAAAACAAUGGUGCAGAUGGAGCCUACCUGAAUGAAAAUUCUCCGCAGACCAUCUGCAAUAACAAAGAGGAGACUCAUUUUGGGAAACUCUUCAAAAUUAACAAAGAUCCUGCAGUUUUGUCAGUGAAAGGUAUUUCACUAAAUCAAGACAUACCAGCUACUAUAGCUAAAGAUCUGAGGAAGGUAGCAGCUGAGCUAAAUUCAGGCAAGGAUACAGUUAUAGUAGUAGAAUCAGAGGCCAUCAGCACAGUGGCUUCGCAAAGGCAACAAGACUUGACUAUUUCAGAAGAAACAGUGACCUCAGCAAAUUUAACUACAAAUAUCUCUGUGACUGAAUCCACAGGAGCUGACGUUAGACAAGCAUAUGAAAUUGAGAUAAUUAGAAGCAUUGUUUAUGGUGGUUUAGUCGAAUCAAUUACUAGCCUAGGUGUUGUUUCAUCUGCAGCUGGUGGUGAUGCCACCACACUGAAUAUUCUAGCUCUAACAUUGGCCAAUGUGAUUGGUGGACUCGUACUAAUUGGUCACAAUCUCUGGGACCUGAAGAAAGAGCAAGUAACAGAGCAGAUGGAUCGGUACAAGGAACUACUGGGCAGCAGAGAAAAUUUUUUGCUUCAUACAAUUGUUGUCACACUAUCUUUUGUAGUAUUUGGUCUAAUCCCUCCCAUUGUUUAUGGCUUCUCAUUUUUAAAGAGCGGUAACAGGGAACUCAAGCUUCUUGCAGCUGCGGCAGCUUCACUAUUAUGCAUUCUAGUGCUAGCCACUGGGAAGGAAUAUGUUCGAAGGCCACCCAAAUCAUAUGUGAAAACCAUAGCAUACUACAUACUUCUGGGCUUUAUGGCCUCAGGAAUUUCUUAUGCUGUUGGUCAGCUGAUCAAGAGUCUCCUAGAGAAGCUCCAUUUCCAGUCAAAUUCACCUGUUUUCCAGGGCCUUUCCAAGAUGAUGCCUACUGCUGCAGAAUGGGCAUCAUAUUGACCAUUUUUCAGGAAUUUCUCGUGCUGUUGGUGAGCUGAUUAAGAGACUCCUGGAGAAGCUCCACUUCCGUUCAAAUGCACUUGUUUUCCGGAGCCCUCCCAAGAUGGCGCAUGCUGCUGCAGAAUGGGCAUCGUAUUGACCAUUUUUCAUGAUCAUGUAUACCUAAUGUCUGCUUGUCACAUAUACCUUUCUUGGUCAUUCUGCUUGACAUGUAGUAGAAUUCAGAUGACAGUUCUACAAUUUUUCAGAUUUUUUUUUUUGGCUUCGUCUUUAAAGGAGGAUUCAGAGGACUACUUUUGAGUUUUCCUCAAUUUUUCUUA